GGCGCUGCUCUCCAGGCUCAAUCGAGAGAAAAAUCUGAAAUGAAUCGUGUCGACGUACGAAUAUGUAACGGAUAAACGGAGGAUUUUUGUGCGGAUUUUCGUGCGGAUCUACCAUUUUUGGUAGAGUGCUACGGGCAGUGUGUUUUAAAGUUUCGGUGUGCAACAACUCCGUGCAACUAUUCCGUCCUAGUCCACGAAGAAGGUCACGAGCCCAAGGGCCUCAGCUUUUCAGCUUAAAUCACCUAAGUUAAAAAGUUAAAAACGGCCCAUUUUUUUAUUAGUCAACACGUCAGCUGGUCGGUUCGGCUGUAUGAGAUAGGCGAGAGAUUGAAAUGGCGUCGAUAGUGGCAGGUGUCCAGUAUGGUUUGUCUUCGCACGCCAAUUUUAACGAAAACAAGUCCCUCAUCUUCGUCAAACUCACCGAUUCAGCUCAGCGUGCCAUCGAAGACUUUGUGCGCAAUCGAAAUAAGCUCAAGCAGAACCCUACAAUACAGUUUGACGGAAGCGAAGGGCGACUCUCCUUUCCAUCCUCACAAUCCAGCCAUGGAACUGCGAAUUUUACCUUCAGUCUUUCCGGUAAUCAAGACAUUGAGGGUCCCCAGGGCGGCUUCGAAUGUAUACAGCAAACUGGACCAGGUAGUCUGGAGAGUCUGGGAACUAUACCGAGUAAAAUGCGAAUACAUGCCAAUGACGAUGUCUAUGAAACUACCAGGCAUCGUAUGGCUGUCGCCGAAGAAAAUAAUAAGAAUAAAUGUACGAGGAUGAUUAAAGCUAACGGGCCGAAUAUCGGGCGAAAAGUUAAGGUGCAAGGAACUGGAAGGACGAUACCACCACCACCUCUACCCUCGAAUGUUAGACAGCGAGAAUCGCCAAGCAUUUCAACUUCCGGUGCUGGUUCAUCCAGGUUGUCGUCCGCGUCAGCUUCUUCUAAACCAGUCUCCCGUAUUCCUCCUCCGGUUCGAAGCAAGCCCGAAAAGCAACUACCAGACAUUACGCGUACACCUAUCAGAGAGAGGCUUAUCCAUCUCCUUGCGUUAAGGCCAUACAAGAAACCUGAAAUCUAUGAACGUAUAAACAGGGAGGGUUGUAAAGAGAAGGAUCGUAGUAAAUUAUUCGAGCAUUUGACGGAAAUCGCCUUUAACAGGGAUAAUGCCUAUCACCUGAAAAGGGCCGUGUGGAAUGAUGUUCGGGACAACUGGAUUCACUACACCGAGGAGGAAAAGUCCCUUCUCAAAAGAAGGAAACCUCAGAACCUCACACCUCCCGGUUCCAGUGAUGGAUCCAGUGGGAGUGGACAGUCUCCAAAUUCCGUUCAUCCAGGAUCACCGCCGGCGAUAACAGCGCCACCACUGGCACUACUGAAAUCCAAGAGACCAGGAUACUAUGAGGGUAACGACGGCUUACCUACGAAAAAACCUCGGAUAUCUCAUUAUCGGAAACCAGAACCUCUUUUUGUGAACCACGGAGAAAACCGAAGGACGGCUGGUGGUAGUGUUAAUAGUGGCGAUAGUCGUGUCUGUAGUGGUGAUAGCCGUGUCAAUAGUGGAGAUAGUCGCAUCAGUAGUGCCGAGAGUCGAGUUAGUAGUGCUGAGAGAGUCUCGGGUAGUGUUAAUAGUAUCGAGGUAAUCAGCGGUAGUAAUAGUGGCACUUGCAAUAGUGGAAGCAGUUUGUUUGCCGGGCAGAACAGCAACUGGAACCAGAGGCAGCAGGGUCGCCUCAACUCUGCUGAAAGAACAACUAAUAACGAAGUGCUUCGUGGUAGCAGCUACCCUGCUGCAAAUUUGUGUCUAUCAGCCAGUGAUAGCGAAGAUGAGCAGAGCCACGUCGCGCAACAACACGAGCUCGGUACUGACGAGCGGCGAAACCACGGAAACAGUACCAACGCCCGGCUCGAAAAUUCUGGACCUGCUGGAAUCGCCUUUGACCCUACGACAAGCCCCAAUUCUUCCAGCAAUGUUACCAACAACGCUUCUACCCAAACGGCUCAGGCUGCCAAUCACCAUGAAGCAUAUCCUGACUACCUCACCUGUUACACGAAGGUAAGCAGCUUGGAGCAGAAGAGACGAUACAAAGAAGAAUUCAACUCCCUUUAUCCGGAAUAUAAACAAUUGUUUGACUUGGUUACCCCGGUGCAAGUUCGAUACGUUGAGUGGAAGCGGAAAUACGACGAAAUUAAAGCUCAGGGAAAUCAUCAACAACUUGAUAGGAUAAAGAAUCAAAUUGUGCAAGAUUACAAGACAAUGAAUCACGACUUAGUCUACAAGCAGCGGUGUGCGCGGAAGGAUUAUUUAGGGGGGAAAUUGAAUUACUUAAAGACUCUGGUCGAGGAAUACGAUAUACAUUGUAUUGUAAAUAACUCGAUUCCUCAAGGGAAGGAGAAUCAGCUCUACUGACACAAACUGAAAAAGUCGCCUCUCGUCCAUCGCUUCUUCUCAGUUGUCAGUACCACAGUCUCGAUGUUCAUGCAGAACUCGCAUUUCUUUGGCAUCUUUAAAGGAUAAUCUCGUGAUUAAAAUUAUUCCUGAAAUUUGACCGAAGACGGGGCUCUCACAGAGUUGACUGAAAAAUGCUCACGUUAUUUUGCCUACGAGAGUUGCGGCAAAUUCCGAUCAAUCUAGUAAAAAGGAAGCAAUCCUCGAUAAAAAGGAAAUAAUCAUCGGUAAAAAUAGGGAAAAGCGCGAUUUCUUCUUGAUUUUCAUGUCAUACUGAUCCUUCGACAAUAUCAGUCCGUUCACGUGCAAUUAGCAAAGUCUGAUGACAAUCAGAAAGGCCGACGAUUCUCGUUGGAACACUCCAUCCCCAAAGGAAAGCUGCAUCGCGUCCAAGACUGUCCAAUCGUAAAGAAGAGAAAAGAUGAAAAAGUUGUAAAGUCUACGUAAGUUAUUUACACCACGCACGUCCAGAAUGUGUCGUCCAGUUUAAAAAUGUGCUUAACUACAAAGUCGGUCCAGGACUCUGCUGCUUUAGAGAUUUCUCCUAUCAAAAAAUCAACAUAUUUUAGCGAGCAGAAAACAAGGUUUCUUCUAAAGUGACCUCGAAAGUACGAUUCGUCAUAUCAUUGAAAAUGUUAAAGUGUCUAGAUAUUUAUCUUUUUAGUUGUAACCUUAAUUCGAGGUUCCGAGAGCAGUUUUUUGUCAAUAAUGUUUUUAGGUUUUUUUAAAUAAACUUUGAAUCAUUUUAGAUUUGCGAAACAUUCUGGAGACGUAAAUGUGAGAAAAUUGUAUUCCUGCGAAAUUUCGUAAAGUGCUUCAAUGUUUUUAGAUUAGUUGUUGUUAAGGCUCUAAAAGUGGUUAGGACGUAAUUAAGUUUGAUUUUUUAUACCCGUUUUCACGUCCACAUCUCUGCGAUUGCAUAUCACAUCUUUGAAAUCAUCCGAUAUUAAUUCCAUCUGAGUUUUUAUACGUUUAAAAAAGCUCGUCCAGCACAAAAGAUAUUAUUUCGGCAAGAAUCAAUUUUUCAAAAUAUCGAGCUCUUCCUUGCUUUUACGUCUUUUUCUUUGUUUCUCUUAUCGGUUUCGCUAGGAAAGAAUUCGAUGCUCGUAUAGGUUGCAAUAAUGAUAAUGUUCAACUUAAAUAUAUGAAACGGGCCAAAACUAGAUAGCGAGGCGAGGCGAGGAAAGAAAAAAUAAAGGAAAAGAAAGGUGACAGAUCUAGUACUCAAGGUUGAAUGCAAUGAGAGAAAAGUGUAACUACGACUGAUGUAUUCGAGAGUUACUUGAAGAUCGCAUACGGCAACGAUCGAAAGGAUGCUCUUGUGUCCAAAAUUCUUGUAUAUCGUGUAGAGUAUAACAAAUUUUAUGAAUUUUAACACUAGCUUUUAACGCAACGUUAUUAAUGGUUAAUAAUAAUAGGAACACUCAUCGUAACAGGUUUUGUAUUAAGGAAGUCAGGCUAGAUUUCUUAAUAGUUAUUCAAGGUGUUUGUCGAUUCAAGACGACCCGAAAAUAAUGUACAUGCUAGCGAUAUUUCGCUUCUAAAUUUUAUUCGUUCGUGUAAUAUGAUAUGAUACAUGUUACGAUUCUUAUUAAUGUAAUUAUUAGUAACUUCGCUAUCACACUAUCGCCCUUCGGAUAAAUUCCCGCAAGUUCGAAACUUGUCUCAGUUUAGGGAAUGUCUUCGAGAAUAUUUGCGAUCAACCUUCCUUUUGAGAAUUUAUGAAAGUGUAAUGAUUUUUAUUUAGGAAAAAUGAGACUUAUUUUUUCUCUGUACAUAUUAGUGCCUAUUUACGGGAAUAUUCUCAAAAAUAUUUCCCAAAUACUAAUUCGCGAAAUUUUAGAUCUCGCAGGUGAUUAAUAAAGAAUAAGAAAAGAAAAACUCAAAAUAAAUCAAAAGACUCACUUCGAUUGUGAUUUCGGUAGUUAGAGAAAAGAAAAUUUGAACACUUACAUAAAAUUAUGUAUAUAAAACUAUUCGGUUUCAAAAACUAUCAACUCCAACCUGUUUGUAAGUUUGACAUAAAUAGUAGAAGCCAUAUAAAUGUGGCACAAAUUGUUAAGAAAGUAAAAAGCUUGGUUUUUGGGUUCUUUGUAAACGAAAAAAAAAAACAAAAAGAACAAAAAAAAAAACAUUUCAAGAUGUAGAACCGAACCAUUUUCAAUUUUCUUUUUAUGAAAAGGGGAACUUUUUUCGUAGAAAAUUAUUUCUUAUUAUGAAAUAAUGAAGAUAAUUAACUUGUUCUUUUUUACUCUGAUGGGGAGUUUUUCAUUGUUUCGAAACCCACAGAAAAUAUUAAAUGAAGAAAAUACGACCGUUUUUCUGAAAAUGGAAAUUUUUGUUCCUCCACCAAAAAUAUACGAGCUGCAUAAAAGAACCGAUAAGGAAAAUUGUUCCUUUCCAAGAGUUCUACAAAAAGUUCCUCUUCCAUUUCUUCAUAUUUUUGAAAAAUGUAUAUUUCUGCAAAUGCUUUAAAAAAACUGUGCAAAAUAUCGAAACAUGAAAGAGAAUUUUUGUUUAUAACACUCUUAGAAAGGAACAAAAUUUUGCUUUUGCACAUUUUUCCAUAUUUCGUUAUAUUUUUGUAAGAAAAGACAAAACUUCGUAUUUUCAGAAAAUCGGUUGUCAUUUCCUCAAUUUACAAUUUUUAAACAUUUUUUUAUUGUGAUUUUUGAAUAAAGAGGGAAACCUCAAUUAAAAUAAAAAAGAACAAAUGUUAAUCAUUUUGAUUAUUUUAGAAAAAACGGAUUUUAAACAAAAGUGGGAAUUUUUUCAAUAGUUUUUUGGUGCAAGUAUCGAAGAAUGAAACAUGAACUUUUUAUCGAACUCUCUGAAAGGAAUAACUUUUCUUGUUGACGUUUGUCUGUAUUUCGCAAAUUAAAAAAAAAAAUAAUAAUUUUCUGAUAAAACUGUUGUAACUUGCACAAUUUUUAAUUUUCAAGUUAAAAAUUUCGUUUGACAUCCAUUCCUAAAAUUUUGUUAUUGCACGAAGAAUACAUAUAGCAAGCUCCAUGCUG